AUGCCUGGAAUUCUGCCUAUGAAAGUGAUCAAGGUCGGGACGACCGCGCAGAGCCGGAUAGCGCAGGCCUGCGAUCGCUGCCGGAGCAAGAAGAUACGAUGCGAUGGGAUUCGGCCGUGCUGCUCGCAAUGCGCAAACGUCGGAUUCGAGUGCAAGACGAGCGAUAAGCUUAGCCGACGAGCCUUCCCACGAGGAUAUACCGAGUCGCUGGAGGAGCGGGUUAGAGUGUUGGAAGGAGAGACGAGGGAGUUGAAGGACUUAUUGGAUGAGAAGGAUGAAAAAAUCGAUAUGCUGUCGCGGAUGCACAAUAAUCGAAGGAUAUCGAAUUCACCGUUGAGUUCAUCGCCUGUUGUCGUCGAAAAACCCGCAGACUCGCCGCAAAACAAAGACGAUACCUUCCGGGUGCAAGCAGUGCCGUUGCAGCUCGAGUCGGACGUGUCAGACUCGACAUUUAUGGGACCCUCGACCGGGAGGACGUUUGUUGAUGCAUUCAAGCGCAAACUUCGUGACAGUGGGAAAUCAUGCUCGGGAUACAAUCUAGGGACAUUCCUCGCGCCACGAGAAGACUUCGUGCCUCGGAGGAGUUCACCUAACGGCCCUAACAUCCCUCCACGUAUGUUUUCCGAUCGAUGCAUCAACAUAUUCUGGCAGGAACAUGCGCCGCUCUUCCCCGUCCUUCACAAACCAACAUUUCUACGGUUGUAUGAAGAAUACAUUGCGGAUCCCGAACAAAUGGUUGAUGACCAGAAGUUGGCUGAGCUCCACCUCGUCUUCAGUAUCGCUGGAUUCUCAAGCGACCUACCCGACAAGGAUCACAUCGCUCGUUGCGAGGAGCAGUGGCGAAGGUCUCUCAAUGCUCUUCUCAUGGAUAGUACACUUGGUACUCUACAAUGCCUUGUCCUUGCCUGUCUGUAUUGUUCUCAAACCGGGCAAUACAAGUCAUUGCAAACGUACAAGGCCAUAGCUGUUGCGCUCGCACAGAGAUUGGGACUGCAUCAGAGCCAAAAGCGCUUCUCGUACGGCGCUCUAACAAUUGAGACGAGGAAGAAAGUGUUCUGGUCUCUGUAUACAGUUGACUGUUUUUCGGCUGCAUCUAUGGGUCUUCCCCAGUUGUUGCAAGAUUCCGAUAUCGAGACAGAAUAUCCACUACCCAUCGACGAUGAGUAUGUCGAGGAACGGGGAUAUCUUCCUACGUUGCCUGGAGAGUCCUCGAAGAUUUCAAGCGCCCUGGCCCUUUUCUGCGCUUCACGGAUUCUCUCGAAGGUUUUGCAGAGCUUAUAUCCUGCGAACACGUCCAAGGAUCUCUCGUUGAAUACCAUGACUGCGUUAGAGAACGAAUUGACCGAAUGGUCCGAACAGCUACCACCAAACCUCAAGCUUACCUUUGUGCAAGAUAAACCGUCUACUGACGUGACCGGGAAUCGUUCUGCUCUUCUGUCACUUGCCUAUUACCACAUUCGAGGGUUGAUACAUCGUCCUGCUGUUGGAUCGACUCUUGGCGAUAAAGCGUCCCCAUCUCUUAUUUCUGUUGCGGAUUCUAGUAAACACGCCAUCCAGAUUAUCCAGUUGCUCGAGGAGAGAAGCAUGUCGUUCUCCUUCUGUGUCAAUAAGAAUGAGAUGCUCACACUGUGCGGCUUGAGCCUGCUCUACCAAGGGUUGGAUCUCAAGAGAGAGGGGAAACUGCUGAAAGACGGUCAACGUCUCAUUGGCGCAGUUGAAAACUACCUCGAUGCGUUCAAAGCACCAGGCGCAGCUGACUUCCGUAAACUUGUCAGCUCCCUUGCGCCCACUGAGACAUCCAAGACAUUUGACUACGGAGGCCAGAAUCAUGCCACAGCACAAACACAUUCGCAAGCUGGACGACAAGUCCACUUGCCCGUAACAUCAAGGUACACCAACCCGUCUAGCAUCGACACGGAACUCCUCCAACAACAGGAGCGCAUGCGCCGUGCAACCUUGAACAGCAUACCCAUGCUCGGACUCGGUAAUCAAUCGGGAUCGCGCCACAAGAAGCCGGACGCGACAUCCCGUAGUAAAAGCUACCACAGCUCUGCACCUCGUCAGUCGCAGCCGCCUCCUACGCCAUCGCUCAUUUCAACUAGCACUAAGCCACGCUCAAGCUCCAACUCAGAAGCAGGGCCUAAUCUUAAUUACCUUGCGCUUAAUUCAGCGCCAUCCUCUGAUGGACUACGGAGAUCUCGUAGCGUAGUCCAGCAGCGUAAUAAUGAGAUCCAGCCGCAGCAGUACAAGACGCCAAACCUGGCGCCGUCGGAGUGGGAGGCCCUCCUCGGCUCGCUCGAUAGCGGAAGCAGCAACAUUUUCGAUGCGGUGUAUGGUGGCUCCGUGCCGGGAAUGCCAGUAGCCGUCUCCGGUGCUCCAAAUCCAGGAGGCCAGCACACGGGUAGUCUCUCGUCGUCGGGCUAUGGCGACUGGGACCUGUCACCCGAUACGUGGGAUAUGACGGCUCUUAGCAUGGGGGACUGCGACGCGUCGGCUGCAACGCAGAGCGUGCUUAGCCUUAGCGAGGAGAGCCUUAGCAGCGGGGAUGAUCUCGAUUUUGGGGUUCCAGGAGCGCUAGGCGAGUAUAAGCAGUCUCUGCUGCAGGGUGGCUUGAAUGGGGACGGGUUUUAUGUUGAUGGCUUGGAUGGGAAUUUCGGUUUGUCUUGA